UUUCCUGCAAUACAGAAAAGAAUCUUCAGGGCAGUUGCUGGUGUAAAGGGAGUAUGGGAGCAGGCUUGCUUUGGGCUGCUUAGUAUUGUUUUCUGUCCCUAAGCCAGUAAGGUCCUUCCUCUGUCCCCUGUUAAAACCUUCAUCUUCCUUAGAAGAACAGGUGAGAGGACUUUGCUCUUUUCUCUGGAGCAUGUCCUACAAGAAAGUUUAAACAACCUCCACUGUAUUUGAAUUAUUUACAAAUACAGCUUCCAAACUCUAGUGCUUUGGAUAUAUUUCUAGUUUUAUACUGAUGACAGUUUUGAAGUCUGUAGCUCUGUAUGCUUUCAACAGGCUUCCUUUAGCAUUUGCUGUUUAGAGGCUUUAAUAUAGUGUUGGUGACAAACUAUAUACUGCAUGCUUAUUUAUACUGUGUCUGGAAUUUCCUGUCUUUUUCUUCUGUCAAAUGUAUGUAAAUUCUUCCUGAAACAACACCCAGAAAAAUCCUCCACCCAGAUAGUUCAACCCCCUGAGAUGAUUUGAAGUUGCUUUUACUGUAGAUAGAGUGAGUGCCUUCAAGGCUACUCGGUCAUUCCUUACAAAUGCUUGGUCUGAAAGGUGGCUGUUGUACUCAUCAGCUUCAUAUCUCUAUUUGCUUUUGCUGCAUUAGCACUGUGAUAGCUGGAGUGGGGAACAGUGGCUUUUCAGCUAGAAACUUCUCAUGGCUGCAACUACAACACCAAAUACUAUUUUGAAAUCUGAGAUUUAAGAAUGUGUGUCAUGUGGUUUCCUACCUGUCGCAUAUUUAUUUCCCUAAGAAAGAGGUCAUAUGUGAAAUUUGGUCUCAGAAAUGCUGAGUAAUGCCUGUCUUGUAUUGCCUGGCCAUUAAAGCAGCAAAUGCUGCCUUAAUGACCCAGUGGGAAAAGAACAACAGGCAGCACAGGAAGAAAGUCAUAGGAAGUAUGGAGUUAUAUAGAACUCAGUGGGAGUUGUGUAUCUGCACUGAGUUUCAGAGACAGUUAGAUAUCAUUUAUAAUCACCAAUUCAGCAAAGGCACUGGGAGGAGAGCCUAAAAACUUUCUUCAGAUACAGAUAGAGGAAAUUUUAAAGAAAGAGAUACAAUUCCAGUAAGGCUGGUAAAGAAACCAUGAUACUCCAAGGAAAGGGAAACAAAGGCUAAAACGUAAGGAUAAUCAGGUUAAUAAAUCACUGAAGUUUAAAAGUGCAAGAAUGAAGAAAGUUAUUAGCUGGACCAUUAUUGCAAAUUAAGGCUCUGUGGGUAUCAAAACUGAGGAAAUGCAGUAUUUUAAAGCUGACAACUCUUUCAAGAGUGCAAAAUAAUUGUGUGAUGAGGCUGUCGAUGCCUAUCUGAGUUUUCGGAAUUGAAAAAGAAAUCACUUGUGAUCUCUUCUGGCCACUAGCCUAGCAAACAUAUGGAAUACAAAUGGAGCAAGGCUGGGUUUUUUUCUGUGGUUUGCAUACAAACUCUCUUGCAGAAGCAGCAGGCAAAGCCAAGAGUAGAAAACUGGCGAAAAGAUGAGGCAUGGCUGGUUUAAAAGAAAAGCUGCUACCAACUGAGAGGCAGUGCUAGAAAACCUUGAAUUUUUGCAAAGUCACAAGGUAUGUGGAGACGCUGUGAAAAUAAUUAAUUUCGCAAGAAGAGGUUCCUCAAAGGUGGUUUUCUGAUGAAUACAUGUCUAUAAUACCAGUGCUGAACCUCUUUCAAGUGUGAAUUUAAAAAUAUUUUUCUUGUAAAAUGCCAUUCUUGGAUGUGACCACUGAAUUCUAGUAUAACCAGGAAAUUUAAAAAUUUUCCACUUCCUGCACUUUAAGUACAUUCUUGUUUCUGAAAUGUUCCAAUGAAAAUGCUGCCCUAAGUACAAAACAGGUCAGUGUUCUUGAUGUCAUUAUUCAACCUACUUGACAACAGAAGCACUCGGCUUCUGUGAGCUGGAAUAUAUUAGAGAAAAACACAUUCCAUUAAUUACACUUUUUUUAGUUGUAACACUGAAGACUCUGUUUUCUUAUAUUCUGGUGGUUAAGCUGCUUUGUUUUGUGUCUGUUUUAGAUUAUAUUUCAACUCCGGUGUGUGCAUAAGUUAGAGGAGCAUUGCCUUUUUUGCCAUAACAGUUAAGAAAAUACUUGCAGUAUUGCCAGCUUGUUUGUAUUAGGAGUCAGAAUUUCUUUGGUGUGAAGAAUGCAUACACAGUCCUGUGUUCUGCAGCAUAGUAGAUGCAUCCAUCAGGUAGCUUUCUUGUUUUAACUCUGUUUUGGUGAGUAUUAUGGUUAAAUUAAUUUUUCUGUUUCACCUUUCUCCUAAAGCAGUACUGUCCUUUGCUCCUCUCUCUUUUCUUUCCUUGUGCACCAAUUUAUGCAGCUGAAGGUAGACAAACUCUACUUACUGUAUUCAUGUUCAACCCCGGAGAAGUCCCUCUGUCUUCAGGAAUGGUGAGAGUCCACCAAAACUAAUCUAACACCUUGCUGAGGCAGCUUUCCCCCCAUCCCUCUUCCCCGUCCGCCCAGCUGCAUGAUCCCAUGCCUUCAUUUUUGUUGCUCAGAUGAGCAGCAGAGUGAAUACAAGCAGUAGAAAUACAAAGCCAUUUAGAUAAGGGAGAGCAUAAGAAAUGAUGUGCUGGCUUAGCCCACAGGUCCAACUCUGAAAGUGGCAACAGGAGACGUUAGUCAGGAAGAGCACAUUAGCCAGGCCAUGUUCUGAAGUCCACUCAGACCUUGCCUUAGUGUCUUAUUGGCCUUAUGUGCCUCAGUCUUUUGGUGGCUUCCUGCCUCAUAUGUCUGUGAGCAGAGAAGUACUUGGUCAGUUCUUGUUUUGCUUGAGUGAAAUUAAGAUUAUUCACUCAUGGACUUUGACCAGGUCUGAGACUGAGCUUUAAUUCAAAUGCAGGCUUGUUCAUUGCAUUGUCACAGACUUUGAAGACCAAUAACAAUUUCAGAGGAAAUAAAACAGGAUGAAGAAAGCAAUAGUUAAGUUUGUCUGACCUUACAGGUUAAAGCAAAUGAGCAAAGAUAAAUUUAAGUGCAAUUAAUAUUCCCAUAUAACUACAUAUGUCAGCAGUCUUAUUCCAUAAUCAGACUGUUGUUCCUGCUUAUUGUAAAGCUGAUUAAGCUAAACUAGAACACAGUACACUUAUUCCAGAACAAAAAUGUCCUUAUGUGGAGUUAGUCAAAAACAGUUAUUCUGAAAUACCUGUUUGCAAAAGCUAUUUAGAAAGAUCUCCCUGUGUAGAAAAGGCCUAUAUUAUUCAGUGCAUACAUUUCAUGAUUCAGAUUAAUAUAUUUUUCCAGCUUCUUUUGGUUUCCUGUAAUAGAGAUUUUUGUGUGGAAUUUCUUUGAGAUCGAUAAAUUGUAGAAUGUCACAGAACCAGACUCCUCACUAAAGAAUUAAAGCAGGCUGCAAGUAACAAAGAAUUAUUAUUUUAAAAAUGAAAAAAGUUACUUUUUGAAAUGCUACAGAUAAAAAAAAAAUUAAAUGUAUUAGUAUACGUCAGAAAUGUGCUGAGUGAUAGAUUGUAAAGGACUGAAUUUUAGCUACAGCCAAGAUAUAUGCUUAAUCCAUGUCUGUCUUUGGUACAGGUCUUCCUUUGAGCUGAGAUGGUCCUUGUGCUUGUUCUAAUUUGUCAGCUGGCAGUGAAAUCAAGAAGUGGGUAUGUCAGCCUCUAGUUAGUGAAACGUUGUUAUGCUCAAAAUUCUGUUUAUGGGCAAAGAGGAAGCACACCUUAUAUUCACAUCCUGCUUGUUGUGGUCCUGACUUCACCUGGCAUUUCUUUAAUAUCAAUGGACACAGCCCUCUAAUUCAUCAUUUCCUCCAGAGCUGCAAUGCUGAACCACAGUCUGGACAGGACAUCUUGAUACACAGAAGGGAGAUCUCUAAUCCUAUACCAUAUCCUUAAUGAUUAAAUCAAGAUAAAUUAGCGGUGGCAAAAUCUUUUUCCAGUCAAUUUUUAUUUUUUUUAUUUUUAAUGCAGGAUUACUUGCAACAGCAUACUAUUGAAUAUUUUGCCUGGGCCUUGCCUAAAGAUCUGCUAACAUGGGCAGGGACCUCACACAGUCCCACAGCGUGAUCCCUUUUCCUUCCAUGUAGCUCCAUUUUAACAAUGUAGCCCUCCUGUUACUCCAGUCUGGACUGUGAAGCUUGGCUGAUUUUACUUUGUUGUUCCCAUCCUGGGACCCAUCAUACAUGUACAGCUUUUGCAGUUCAUUCUAGUUCUGACCGAAGAGAAGGAAAACAUGGGCAAGAUCUUCCUUUAUGUAGAACUUACAGCGUCUACUCCAACAUAUGCAGACCUGAUCCGAGAGGGUUUCAGGCACAUUCACACAAUGGAUGCUGCAUUCAAAGAAGUAUAUCAGAGACACUGCAGAGAAAUUAGGGAUUUUGACCAGAGGCAGCAGAAAGAGAAGCAAGAAUUCCUUAGGUAGAAAAAAGACUGUAUGGUCUCAUCCUAACUGUAUUCUGAUAAUGUGAAUUCAAUUCUUCUAUCCUAUAUCUUUUGCUAGAGCUAUAACCUGUUGGCUAAAACCAGUAUUUAGAAGAGCUUUCAGACAUGGAGAAAAAGGAGAUGUGAUGUAUGCAGUUAGACACAAUAUAAAUUCCUUGGCCCUGAGACUGACUUAAAUGGAAUCUGCCUAGUACUCCCUCAAGGAAAUGUUUUCAGCAGAUUUUGUUUUGGAAGUGGUUAAUUCUGAUGAGGUAACUGGAGGAGUAGCUAAAGUGAGACAUAAAAUUCAAGGCUAUGAAGAUUUGAAGACCUGGGUAAUUUGGGGAAUACAUUAGCUAACAUAACUUCCAAAGCGGUGCAGGACUCUUACUCUAUAUUUAACUUUGAUUGCUUUAGGAGAUGUAAAAAAAAGUUUUGUCCUUGUUAAUAUUUGGAUUGCCUUUGAACUAUUUAAUAUUUCUUCUUUUUCUCUUCCCUUCUUUCUCUUCCCACCAUGUGUUUUCAACUUUACAGGAAAAAAAAAAAAAAAAGCAAUUACUGCAAGAGAACAGAGAGCUGAAGAAUCUGAAACAAUUCCUGCAUCUUCACCCAAAAGUAUUCUGCAAUUCUGAGAUUUCAGUACUGAUCAAUACUUGAUUGCCUGCCCUUUCAUGAUGAAGGCCUUGGAGGAUCAAGUAGUCCAAGAAGAACCAGGAUACCACGAUGAUGAGGAAUCCUUUUUUCAGGAUAUUGAUUUGCUACAAAAGCAUGGAAUUAAUGUAGCUGAUAUUAAAAAAUUGAAGUCAGUAGGGAUCUGCACUAUCAAAGGAAUCCAGAUGACAACAAGACGGGCACUGUGCAAUGUGAAAGGGCUUUCAGAAGCCAAAGUGGACAAGAUUAAAGAAGCAGCAAACAAGCUUAUUGAACCAGGCUUCCUGACUGCUUUUGAGUACAGUGAAAAACGGAAGAUGGUAUUUCAUAUUACUACUGGCAGCCAGGAAUUUGAUAAACUGCUGGGUGGUGGGAUUGAAAGCAUGGCAAUCACUGAGGCCUUUGGAGAGUUCAGGACAGGAAAAACUCAGCUAUCUCACACCCUUUGUGUGACAGCUCAGCUUCCAGGACCAGAUGGCUACACAGGUGGGAAGAUUAUCUUCAUUGAUACUGAAAACACUUUCCGACCGGACCGUCUUCGUGACAUUGCUGAUCGCUUCAGUGUUGACCAUGAUGCAGUACUUGACAACGUGCUGUAUGCACGUGCAUACACCAGCGAACAUCAGAUGGAGUUGCUUGACUAUGUAGCAGCCAAGUUCCAUGAGGAAGCUGGUAUCUUCAAGCUAUUGAUCAUAGACUCCAUUAUGGCACUCUUCCGUGUGGAUUUCAGUGGUCGUGGAGAGUUGGCUGAACGGCAACAGAAACUUGCUCAGAUGCUGUCAAGGCUCCAGAAAAUAUCAGAAGAAUAUAACGUGGCUGUGUUUGUGACCAAUCAGAUGACUGCUGAUCCAGGAGCAACUAUGACCUUUCAGGCAGACCCAAAAAAGCCCAUUGGGGGCCACAUCCUUGCGCAUGCUUCAACUACCAGGAUUAGUUUGAGGAAAGGGAGAGGGGAGCUGCGUAUUGCAAAGAUAUAUGACAGCCCUGAGAUGCCUGAAAAUGAAGCUACAUUUGCAAUAACUGCUGGCGGGAUUGGGGAUGCCAAAGAAUAGGCAGAAAACUGAUGUAAAUGUACAGCUGUAAACAAACUAGGCAGCUGGGAUGGAGACGUGUGCAAGGUCAUUGAAUCCCUAGCUUCAUUUUUAUCUUUUGGGGAUCAUUUGAGAUAUUUUUGGAGGACACUGGAAUGAGCUCUGUACAGUUCAGUUUUAUUGAUCUCGAUAUAAUUUGUUUCAUCUUAGGGUCUUUGUUUUUCAGUUGAACUUUCAGCAAAGAUUUAAAAAAUAAACUUGUGAAUUGUUCAAAGAAUCCUUUCCCUAUAUUUUGUGAAAAUUAAAGCUGUCUUUUCACAUCAGCUUAAUGUACUCUUUUUCAGUUUCUUUAAAAGUGAAUGUCUGUGAAGUAGAAUUGAAUAGUGUGAAAUGGAACAGAAUUGGAAUAAACAUAGUUUUAAGUGACCGAUGGAAAAGAGUGGCAGGGCAAGAACCCAAGAACUUGAUGGAAUCUCAUGAACAGUAGAGGAACAGUAGUUGCUUGAAAAUAUGUUUUUAGGCAUUUUUAUCUUGACUAGAUUAUUUUGGUCUUUUUAUUUAGCACUUACACUUUUGGAGGGAAUUUUUAAAAUUGUUUUUAUUUAUUAAAGCUA